GUCUUCACUAUUCCCUUCUAUGCCUGUUUUUUCUUCUUCUAUGCCUAUGGGGAAGACCCUUCAUGGCAAAGGAGGCCAUACCAAUACCAAUAGGGAUAGUUCUUGAUUUGAACUCCUCAAUUGGAAGCAUGUCUAAUAGCUGCAUAUGGAUGGCAUACCAGGAUUUCUAUGAACGUCACCCUCAUUACAAAACCAGACUUGCUCUUCAAACCCGAGACUCUCGGGAUAAUGUUGUCACAGCAGCAUCUGUAGCUCAAGAAUUGUUAAAUGAGAAGGUGCAUGCAAUCAUUGGACCACAAACAUCAGAACAAGCUUGGUUCGUCAUAGAACUUGGAAGCAAAGCUCAAGUGCCAGUGAUCUCGUUUUCCGCCACAAGUCCAUCGCUUUCCUCGACCCAGAAGCCUUAUUUCAUUCGCGCCGCCAGGGAUGAUUCCUCCCAGGUGGAAGCCAUAGCUGCCAUUGUCCAAGGCAACGGUUGGCGCGAAAUAAUCCCCAUAUACGAAGACACCGAAUAUGGCAAUGGUCUUAACCCAUAUCUAAACGAUGCCUUUGUAAAAAUUGGCACCCGAGUGCCUUACAGAAGUGUCAUUAGUCCAGGCUCAGGGGGCGCCGAGAUUUCAAAUGAGCUCAAGAAGCUGAAGUUAAUGUCUACAAAAGUGUUUCUUGUUCACAUGAGCACUGACCUUGGGUGCAAGGUGUUUCUGGCUGCAAAGAAAGAAGGGAUGAUGACAAUUGGAUAUGCAUGGAUAGUUACUGAAGGCCUAUCUGCAGAGGUAGACCCUAUGGUGCUAAAAUGCAUAGGAACCAUGCAAGGUGUGUUGGGAGUUAGGCCAAGCCCAAAACACACUAAAAGGCUUGACAACUUCAAAGAAAGAUAUGGAAAUACUGUAACCAUCUUUGGAUUGUGGGCAUAUGAUUCUGUUUGGGCAUUAGCCAAGGCUGUGGAGAAAGUUUGGGGGGAAAACGUCACUGCUACCCUUCACAACACAAUCCUGGCUACCAAAUUCCAUGGCCUCUCUGGUAAUUUCCAUUUGGUUAAAGGACAACUAGAGCCAUCAAUUCUUGAGGUGUUCAAUGUUGUGGAGCAAACAGAGAGGAGCAUUGGAAAUUGGAUGCCAGAGAGGGGGCUUUCUAAAUUAGAGCAACCAAAAUGGCCUGGUAACACAACAGAGCCCCCAGCAAAGUUGAGGAUUGGAAUCCCACCAACAAAUAGUGUCAAUGAAUUCAAAAAAUUUCUCAACUUCUCCUUUGAUGUGUUCUUUGAAGUCUUGAAGGUUUUACCCUUUCCCCUGCAUUAUGAACUCUUACCUUUUGAGAAACAUGGAGAGACUGCUGGUACCUACGAUGAACUUCUUAUGCAAAUCAAGGAAAAGAAGUAUGAUGCCGUGGUUGGGGACGUGACAAUUGUGGCUAAGCGCUCAGAGUAUGUUGAUUUUACAAUGCCAUUUUCAGAAUCAGGUGUGGCAAUGCUGGUUUUGGCGAAGCAUGAUGAGAGACAAAACAUUUGGAUUUUCCUGAAGCCAUUUAGUUGGGACCUUUGGUUGACAACUGGUGCAGCUUUCAUCUUCACAGGCUUCAUCGUUUGGUUUUUCGAACACCGCUCAAACACGGAGUUCAGGGGCACUCCAAAGAACCAAAUCGGCAUGGCUCUCUGGUUUUCCUUCUCAACACUCGUAUUUGCUCAUAGGGAGAAGGUAGAGAACAAAUGGUCACGAUUUGUGCUGAUUAUAUGGUUCUUUGUGGUACUCAUCAUAACGCAAAGUUACACUGCAAGUUUAGCUUCAAUUCUCACGGUACAGAAACUGCAGCCUCAGUUUAUGGACGUAGAAGAGAUAAAAACAAACAAUUUCUUUGUGGGGUAUCAUAAGGAUUCCUUUGUGAAAGGGCUACUAAUUGAAAAGUUAGGAUUCAAUGAAUCUAAGUUAAAGGGUUACCAUGGCCCUGAGGCCUAUCAACAAGCUCUGUCUCUUGGAAGCAACAAUGGAGGAGUUGCUGCUGUUUUUGAUGAAAUUGUCUUUAUUAACCUCUUUCUCAUGAAAUAUGGCUGCAAAAAGUAUCAGAUUGUUGGACCAACAUACAAAACCGAUGGAUUUGCCUUCGCAUUCCCACGAAACUCUCCAUUGGUUCCUUAUUUUUCGAGGUCGAUCUUAAACGUCACUGAAAAUAAAACAACCUUUGAUGGGAUUAAGAAGAAGUACUUCUCAAGAGACGUCAUAAGUGAAGAUCCAAGUACCAGAAUGGCAUUUAGAAGCACUAACUUAACAUUAAAGAGCUUUGGGGGGCUUUUCAUCAUCAUAUUGUUCACUUCAUUUCUCGCAGUCAUGGUCCAUUUAUUUAAGUUCAUGCAUUCAAAAUGGACUGCUCGAGACUUUCAGCGAUCCCUUUCGGAGAUGAUGACUGAAUUGGCAAAGCAUUUCAACAAAGAAGAGUGCUCUUUACAUCCUCCUCAAAUAAUGGAGGAAGGUUCACUUGACCCUGAUGGCACCAAUUAUCAAUCAAUAAUUCACAACGAGGAAGAUCUUAGACAGCUAUAGUUGAACUUCAUAAGAUGCAUACAUACAUUGCUAUAUAGAGUACUUCAUAUCUAGCCUUGUCGAGGCCUCAUGCUCAAGGGCUCGUUGUGCUGUUAAUAUCAUUUUGGGAUUAUGUAGUUUAUUUCAUCUUUCCAUUCAAAUGGCUACGAAUCAAAUUUUAGAUCAAAAUAGAUACCAUUUUGAGAUGGUGUUGGAAUAUUAAUUAUAAUUUUAUAGAUUAGUAUUGUUUAAUUAU